AUGGACUGCUCGGAACGUCCAUAUUCUUGUCUCGAAAACGUUACCCCCUUCAACUCUGCGUCGGGUUCAUGCUCAGACCAGCACACUUUCAAUCACACGUCGAGCAGAAAUCGUGCCAGCUAUCCAGAGGUCUGUGCGCCCCACGCAGAGGUACCCAUAAGGGGACACUCUGCCCCAAACACUUCCAUUUCACGGACAUCCUCUUCUCUGUCAACCGCGUCCUCCACUCGAGUCUUCCGCCCACUUCCGACCCCUCCAUAUAGCGCGAAUAUUCACAGCCCGGAGUCUGGUUGGCACUCAGACGCGUCUGACCGCCUUGCGCCACCCUCGUCAUUUCGUCCGCCCCCGCGUCCCCUGCCCCGACCCUCAGGUCCCCCAGCAGUUGAGCUCCCGGCAGUUGAGCUCGCAUGGGCAUCUACCACCUUGUCGCCCUGUGACCUUCCAUCUUGUCCCACCUCGAAGCCAGUGUUGUCCGUCAGUAUUCCUCAGUCUCGACUUGUGGAUGAGAUGCGUGUUAUCGAGUCACCGCCUUCGGUACCAAACCCGCCACACGAUGUCUCUGCGGCGUGUCCUUCCAACCGUAGUGUCAUACCAGUCCAUCCCGACUCUGAGUUUGAUGACGACUCGGAUCUCGUUCUCCUUGAAGACACCGACCUGUCCUCAUCGUUUGAGAGGUGUUCAGCGGAAGAGAAGACUCUGCCUCCCCUUCCAGCGGAAGCACAGAGUGCGCGCCAUCCGGAAAGUCCUGUGAAACGGAAGUGGGUGGUGGAGAAGAACGGCAAGCGAUGGACGCAGGAUUCCCAUCACUAUGCGCAGGUGUUGCAUGUCUUGCGCAAAUUGCGGUAG